AGGUUGGUUAUUAUUUGUUAUGUCUGUCAAACUUGCACCAUCCGAUAUUUUAUGCGAAUUUUUGGAAGUAGUAAUUCAUAAUAUUGUAUAUAUUAGGAAGCUGUAUCCUGAAACAAUUUUUUCUAGAAAACGGAAGUAUGGUGUGGUAGUUUAUCAAUGUAUUCAGCCUGAUCAGGAUCUGUUCAAGAGAAGUAUGUUUUAGAAAUACUGGAUCUCAAAAACAUUAUUGACGCUGAUCCUCUAUUAAUUGAUCUGGAACAGUGUAUGAGGAAUUUCAUUUUAAGACUUCACAACACUAUUAACUAUUUGGAUGAUUUGAGUGAGGAUGCCACUUUCAGUGUACAGUUGCAAGUGACAACCUAUUCAAAUUUAGAAUUUAAUCAAACUCCUAAUUAUGAUCAUUUUCCCUGGGUUGAAGUUAACAGAACAGAAAAUAUUUGUCAUUCUGCUGAUAUAGUACCUUUACAUACAAUAGAAUCAGAUAUAUUCAAUUUGCAAAUUUAUAUAGAAAAAUCAAAUUAAACCAAUCGCUUUUUUUUUCUUCAAAUGGAAGAUCAGGAAGUAAAUAAAAAAAGGAAGAAUAGGUUAGCAGUUUUUGAGCAUGUUGUACAUAAAGAGAAGACCCCAAAGAAGAGAAAAUCUGUAAGAUUUUCAGAAGACUCGUCUCCCUCUGAGUCAGAGUUGGUUAUAGAUGACGAAGAACCGGUGGUCCGGAAAAAGAAGAAAAAGAGCAAACCUCUUAUAAAAUUGUCAGAAGAACCUCUUAGUUUAAAGUGCAUGUGGUUGGAUUGUGAUCGUGAUGAUCAUUUUACUUCCUGGGCAGUAUUCAAUGCGCAUAUUAUACAACAUGCAAGUGAAUAUACAGACGUCUUCCGUUGCCAAUGGAAAGACUGCACAGAUGAGUUAAGCAACCAAAUCUUACUAGAGCAGCAUCUCUGUCAUCAUGGAUAUAUCUCGAAACUCAACAAUAUCGGCGAAAAUAUCGUGGAGAGAGAUAAAUUGCCAAGAUGCCUGGAAACUCAUGAAUAUAAAAUACCUCUUGAAGCGUCUGGAUACAAAUGCGAAUGGGAAUAUUGCCAAGCAGUAUUUUUUACCCUAUUUGAAUUUUUUAAUCACAUGCCUGUUCAUAUAAAAAAUAAUCCGAAGACCGCUACUGAAGAAUAUGAGAUCGUGUGCCAUUGGAAUUAUUGCAAUACUAAAUAUUCCACACCACCCAAACUAGCGGAUCACUUAAGAAUGCACACAAAAGAAAAAUGCGUAGGAUGUGCCACUUGUAGCAGACUAUUUUCCAGUAAAACAAAGUUUAGUGACCACAGAAAGCGACAGAUGUCAUCUGCCUUGCAAUGCUAUCAGUGUUCCCAGUGCCUAAAACUGUUCCCAACCGAAAGACUGUUGAGAGAUCAUAUGAGAUCUCACAUAAAUCAUUACAAGUGUACUAUGUGUGACAUGACGUGCCCGAAACCUUCUAUUUUGGCGAAGCACAUUCGAUUUAAACAUAUCAGCUUUAAACCUUACAAAUGCACUGAAUGCGACAAAUCAUUUGUUGAAAAAUGCAAUCUCAAAGCUCACAUGAAAACUCAUGAAGAAGAAAACCCUCUAAAAUGCUACUUGUGUAACUUUAGUUGUCGUUCAAAAGUAGGAUUGGAUAGCCACUAUGUAAAGAAGCACGAUUCGGCUGGUUUAGUGUAUGAAUGUCAUUGCUGUAAGAAAAAGUUUAAGAGGGGCACAUAUUUGACAAAACAUUUAACCAAACUUCAUAAUUACCAUUGGCCUUCUGGUCAUUCCAGAUUUAAAUACAGAAAAGAUGAAGACGGCGUUCACAGACUUCAAACUGUCAGAUACGAGAGCCUGGAAGUUACACAGGAGAUGAUACGCAGCGAGUCAAUGCAAACCAAUAGUGUGAUAGAACCGUCUACUUAUAACCUCAAUUACGACAACGAUGGCAAGUCGGUGACCGUUUUAUCGACUUCUAAAAAGGAAGAGCAUGCCAGAAAAAAAGCGAAGGCAAAUAACGUGAUUUUGACUAUACAAGACGUAGAUGAUGACGGGAACGUUGUAAAUUGUAAAGUGGUGAAAUCCAAAGUGGUGAAUGUUAGCAAUGUGAAAGAUAUAGAAGGUGCAGUUCCACUACAAAAUGCAGAAGAAUCGGAUGACUCAAGUGAAUCUAGUGGGACUGAUGUAAAAUGUUCAGUAAAUGAUGAUAAUAAUGAAAUAACUAUAAAGUAUGAGAAACUUAACUUUAAUGAAGAAGUGGACGGAAGCAGUACCAGUAUAUUGGAUUAUAAAAUUUUUAAACAUUCAAAAUGUUAGAAUUUUAUAAAUAUCUUUAUCAUAAUUUUUAUUAUUUUUAAACUAACAAAUUUAUAUAAAAUAUUACUUA